AUGUCUUCUUAUGAAACAGACGAGGAGGAAACUUCCCUUGAAAUCAGUCUCUCCGAUCUAGUAUUUCCAGAAGUACUCCAGCAACAGCUUCAUGCCUAUGAAGCCUGGGUAAAUGCUCAGCUCCGUAAACGGCCAUCAGCUCGCCAGAUUGAAGAUCUCAGGAACGAUGUUAAAGAUGGUGUUGCUCUCAUCAACCUUAUUGAAGUGGUUGGUGGCGAAAAACUAAAGAAUGUUCAUAUGGUUCCCGCUACCCAUGCUGAGAUGAAGGCAAAUGUAGAGAGGGUUUUACAAUUCAUGUCUGCUAACCACAUCCGAAUGCAUCCAAUGAAAGCAAGUGAUAUUGUCGAUGGUAACCUGAAAUGUAUUAUGCGCCUUAUUCUGGCAUUAGCAGCCCACUUUAAGCCUAAUUCAGUAAAGCACCAAUCUGUAGCUGGUGUUAUCUCGCCAAACCGAGGGAGAUCUUUAGCGAGUAUAGCACAGAGUGCUGCUGUCACUUUAGCAACUGCACGCAGAUUUGUGUCAAAAGCUAGCAAACAAUACCAUGGAAGCAACUAUAAGGAUUAUGGACAUGCAGCCCACAUACCACCUGAUGUAGCUGCAAUGCAAGCCAGAAUGAUGAUGAUAAAAUCCUGCCCUGGGCCCAAACAUCUGACUGCCACAGGAGAACAGGAUUAUGAUAUAGAUGGAAUGCCACGGAGUCGAUCAACUGGAUUCAUACCAGCCAAUGAAGACUCGGUGGAGUAUGGUCAAGACAAUACUGUGAUACUUGAUCAACAACAGUAUAAUGAUCUCUUAAAGGAAUAUGAUGACCUAGCAGACACGAUGAAAGAAACAAAAUCUGAUCUUCUGAAAUUGCAAAAUUUGCUUUUGAACGGAGAAAUAACAAGUCUUGUACCCUCUUCAGAGCUGGAUGAUCUUGAAGGAUAUUCAAUUUCUGACCAAAUGACUCAGCAAGCAACAGAAAUAUCUCAUGACUUAAAAGAACAGUUAUCUCGAACAAAAAUUGAAUGUCGAGAGCUUUACGGUGCUAAGGCUGGUUUGCAACAGCGUUUAGCUGAACAAGAAGUCACCCUAGCAAAUUCUAAAGCCGAAUUAUACCGCCGAGGUUUAGACUUUCAAAGUUUGGAAUCAGAAAAGAAUAUGCUGGUUAAAAAACUGAGUGAAAAAGACAAACAACUGACUGAAUUAAAGAGAGAUGUCAGCCAGAAAGAUAAAGUCAUUGAAGAUCUGCAGUUUCAAAUGAAUCCUGAACUAUUAGAAGAAAAAGAUGUGAUGAGACGUAACUGCUGGCUUCACAUUAGAUGUCUUCAAAAACUUCAAUCUAUGCGAAGAACAGAGUCACUGAAGAAAGAUAAAGAGUCAAUGAAGAAAGAUAAAGAGGAUUCUGUGGUUGAUGUUCAAGUGAUUCAGGAAUCUAUAGAAAAACUCCGGUUGUCUUUUAAUGACAAUGACCAAGAAAAGUUAUCAUCUUUGGAUCAAGUUGAACAAAAUGUCAUUACAUUUAUUGAGAAGAUGCAUUAUGGUAGUAUUGAUAUCCUGCCUCAGUCUCCAACACUGAAGUUGAGCAGGCCAGUUCUGCCAAGCCGUUUUAAAGAAGAUGCACAACAAGGGAAUUAUUUGACUUCAACUAUCACGGCAACAAAUUCAGCUUCUAUAAAGCAACUAGAAACUAAAGUGCUUUAUUAUUUGGAUAAUUCAGAAACAUCACAUAUGAUAGCAAUUCCAAAAAGAUUAGGGGAAAUUACUUUAAAAGAUCUCCAAAGUCGAAUUCAAAAGUCCGAAGGCUACCGAUUUCAAUUCAAAGCACUAGAUCCUGAGUUUGGAACAGUCAAAGAAGAGCUGUUCAGUGGCACAGACAUACUGCCUGGUUGGGAAGGCAAGAUCGUUGCUUGGGUGACAGAGAAGAAAACUGAAUAGAUUUCUAUUUUAUAGAGUAUAUUAUAUAAAAAAAAAUAUUUAGAAAUAUUUAAAAUGAGAUAUCAAGGGAAAGCAUCAUUCUUUGAUACAAACACAAAUAUAUAUGUAAUACAUAUAUCAAAUACAAACUCACUAUUUAUAAUGUAAUCUAUGCUCAAAGUUGACAUUUGACAGUUAUGUUUAGGUAAUUUUCGUGGCUUUAACUAGCCGGAGCUAGUUCACUAGUCACCAAAAUCUACUCUAUAGAGUAGAUAUUGUAUCUAAUCAAAGCUUUUUAUAGACAAAAUAAUUUGUAUUUGUUGUAUAAAAGAUUUAUUUUGUUAUAUUUGUUGCUGCACAAGCUGCUAUUCACAUACGUCAUCCAGUUUCAAUAUAUAUAAUAGAACACAACAUUCCUCUACCUUCUUCAUUUCUAAAAUUGUUCUUAAUAUCAUUGAAAAUGAUUCUGUGAAGCUUUUAGAAGGAGAAGGAGAAGUAAAGUUCAGAUGGCCACCAGUCCAACUGCAAAAAAAGAUAUCCUUUUGGCUGUAAGGAAAA